AUGAACUCUAAAUGGCGGAGUGCAAGAGUGAAGAUUGUAUAUAGCUCCCUCCGUAAACUGAUCCCCUUUGGUAACCGCGUCCUGGUCAAACGUUUCGAGGCUGUCGCCAAGACGGCAAGUGGCAUUUACUUGCCUGAUGCUGAAUCCAAGCAACAAAAUGAAGGUCAAGUCGUGGCUGUUGGACCUGGUGCCCGUUCUUCUGAUGGUUCUCUUAUUCCAGCUCAAAGUGCUGUAGGUGACAAGGUCUUAUUGCCUGAAUACGGUGGCAGCUCGGUCAAAUUGGGCGACGAGGAACUCUAUUUGUUCCGUGAUGAAGACAUUUUGGGCAAACUCGAGUAG